UCAAACCAACUGGUGUAGCGGCUCAUCAUUGGCACAACUCUCCUCUUCCCUUGUGUCUGUAUCAAAGUCAUUUCACAAUGCGAAGCAACCUCAACUACUGUUCUUCCAUAUCGAAACCGUCGACCACAGGAAGCUCCAAUAUUGUGGAAGAUGAUGGUUUGAUUAGUGGAAAGAAGAGAAGGUCAGGAUUUGUGUUGCUGGUGUUGUUUGGAGUAUUUAUAUACUCAUGGGCUGUUUUCCGUUACCGGUUCCAGAGAUUGCCGUCGCCUCUCACAGCUGAGCAGGCCGGCGAGAGUGGCUUUUCUGAAGUGGAGGCUAGGAAGCAUGUCCAAGCCUUGACUCAAUUGGGCCCUCACCCUGUUGGGUCUGAUACUCUUGACCUUCCUUGGCAGCACGUUUUGACAGCAGCAGAAAAUAUUAGGAAAACAGCUCACAGGGGUGUUGCUGUCCAAGUGGAGCAUUUCCAUGCAAAAGCUGGCGCAAAUCGUCUGGACAGUGGCUUCUCUAAGGGGAAAACACUUGUUUAUUCAGAUCUUAAGCACGUAAUUAUAAGAAUCUUGCCAAAAAGUACAUCUGAAGCAGGAGAAAAUGGUAUUGCAUCUGAAGCAGCAGAGAAUGCUAUUCUCGUCUCUGCUCACAUUGAUACUGUAAUCGCAGGGGAAGGGGCUGGAGAUGACAGUUCUUCUGUGGCUGUUAUGUUGGAACUUGCUCGGGGGAUUUCUCAGGAGGCUCAUGGUUUCAAGAAUGGCGUAAUAUUUUUAUUUAAUACUGGCGAAGAGGAGGGUCUAAAUGGUGCUCAUAGCUUUAUAACUCAGCAUCCGUGGAGUAAAACUAUUCGUAUGGCUAUUGAUUUGGAAGCCAUGGGUGUUGGAGGAAAGUCUGGCAUUUUUCAGGCUGGUCCGAAUCCAUUUGCUAUAGAGAACUUUGCAUUGGCAGCAAAAUACCCAUCUGGUGAUAUUGUAGAACAGGAUCUUUUUGCAACCGGAUUCAGUUCUGCUACAGAUUUCCAAGUUUACCGAGAGGUUGCUGGUCUUUCAGGGCUUGACUUUGCCUUCAUAGAUAACACUGCUGUAUAUCACACUAAGAAUGAUAAAUUGGAGUUCCUCAAACCUGGAUCUCUUCAGCAUCUUGGGGAGAACAUGCUUGCUUUUUUGCUUCAGAUAGGUCCAACAUCUCAUCUUCCGAAAGGCAACACAAUGAAAGAAGAGGAAAAAAGUGGACAGGACACUGCUGUAUUUUUUGACAUUUUGGGGACAUACAUGAUUGUAUACAGGCAAAGUUUUGCAAGCGUGCUUCACAAUUUGGUGAUAGCGAUAUCACUUAUAAUAUGGAAUGCAUCAUUGCUUUUGGGUGGUUAUCCAGCUGCUAUUUCAUUUGGCUUGUCAAUUCUCAGUGUUAUCCUUAUGUUGAUAUUUUCAAUAAGUUUCUCUGUUCUUGUGGCCUUCAUUCUACUGCUAAUAUCUUCAUCACCAGUGCCCUAUGUUGCAAGCCCAUGGUUAUUAGUUGGGCUAUUUGCCGCACCCGCACUCAUAGGAGCAAUGACUGGCCAACAUUUUGGUUACCAUCUUCUUCAAAUAUAUUUGUCAAAUGUAUACCCCAAGAAAAAGCAGCUUUCAUCUGUUAACCAAGCUGACUGGGCCAAGUUAGAGGCUGAAAGAUGGUUGUUUAAGGCUGGUUUUAUUCUGUGGCUUGUUGUUCUGAGCUUGGGAAACUAUUACAAAAUCGGAUCAUCUUACAUUGCACUCUUUUGGUUGGUUCUACCAGCAUUUGCAUACCUCUUGGUUGAAGCAACUCCAACCCCUGCUCCUUCUCCAAUGCCUCUCAGACUUGCAACUUUAUUGAUGGGUUUGCCUUUACCAAUUACAAUUGCUGCAGGAACGAUUAUUCGGUUGGCUGCCACAAUAAUUGGGAAUCUGAUUCGAUCUGAUAGGAACCCAGGUGGCAGUCCAGAGUGGCUAGGAAGUGUAAAACUUGCCGUUUUUGUUGCUGUUGUCAUAUGCUUCACCAUGGUUUAUGUGUUAUCAUACGUCCAUCUUUCAGGUGCAAUAAGAACAAUCAUCCUUGGAACUAGUAUCCUGUUCGGAUUCUCACUCAUUUUAGUAUUAUCUGGUGCCACUCCUCCUUUUACCGAAGACACUGUGAGAACUCUCAAUGUUGUGCACAUUGUGAAUACAACAGGAAGCUAUGGUAAUAAGCAACAUCAUAACUCAUAUGUGUCUCUAUUUUCCGGGACACCUGGAAAGUUGACAAAGGAGGUUAAAUACAUUGGAGAAGGAUUCUCUUGUGGGGGAGACAAGGUCGUUGAUUUUGUUAAUUUUUUUGCGAAAUAUAGUUGUUGGAGCCAUGAGGACACUGAAGGUGGAUGGGAUGACUCAGAUAUUCCUACAUUGCAUGUUCAUAGUGAUACAAAUGGAGAUGAACGAAAAACUAAAGUUUCAAUUGAUACGAAAGUUUCUAAACGCUGGUCUCUUGCAAUUAAUACUAAUGAAGUAGAAGAUUUUACUUUGAAAGCAAAUUCAAAAGAAUUAGUUCCAUUUGGCAACAAGAGCAGCGUAGAUGGAUGGCAUAUAAUUCAGUUUUCAGGAGGAAAAAGAUCUCCUAGAAAGUUUAAGCUAACCCUUUUCUGGGCAAAGAAACCUACGAAGUCUGCUCACAGUGUGGAUGAACAAGCAACAGAGAAGCAGCAGCCUUUGUUAAAGCUCAGAACAGAUGUUAACAGAUUAACUCCAAAAGCUGAAAGAGUUCUGAGGAAAUUCCCUAAAUGGUGUUCUCAGUUUGGGAAGUCCACAUCUCCCUACAAUCUAGCAUUUUUUACCAGUCUUCCUGUUAUGAAUCAUGGCAGCAGAAUCGCUUGGGCCGAUAGACAACCUGGUUCUUCCAAGGUUUAUGUUAGGAGAAAGGAUGAGUCAGCAAAAGAAGCUUCUGAUGCCUCCAGGUCAGCAAUGCCGUCGGAAAGGAGAUGGAGUAGUUACUGAAAAUUAAGACAGUAUAUAUAGAUAGUGAAUAAUUGGCAAGGCAUACCUUUGAUGUGCGAGUUAUUCGGCUGUGC